AAAACAAUCAGAUUUAUGCACUGCUUCAUUAGCGCCCUGGCCUACGACUUCUAAAAACUUCCACUAGCCACGAUAAGCAAAAUCACCAAGAACAACGUCAACAUGAAGACUGUACUAUUUGCUCUCGUAUUUACUUCGUGUGUUGGGAGUCUGUUUGCUGUCGAAUGCUACACCUGCGUCUACUCGCCCGGGGCAGGGGGUGGUCUUUUUGGUGGUGAUGGAUGCAACGACCCGUUCAACGCAACUUCCCAACUGAUCGUAUCGUGUGACGGCACUUGUGCUAAAACUUCUUCCCGUGUAAACGGUGAGAUCACGGCACUUGCUCGCGCGUGUCUCCCAGCAGGGCAAUGCCCAGAGGCCUGCGCCUCAAUAGGGAACACCGAGGUCUGUGUGUAUUGCUGUACUGGGGACAAAUGCAACGGCGCAUCCACCGUGACUUUUGGUCUGAUGACGGCUUGCGUCACUGCACUCGCGGCCUGGAUGAAUUCAGCCUGAGUUGCUGGAUCAACAUGUCACUUAAGGGACUAGAGAGGAGCCAAGCUUCGCUACGAACCAUCCUUGGCUCUCCCCCAUCUGCAUCUAGUCUUUCAUAUUAUUGUAGAUAGCAUGCUCCAUAUGUAGGGAUGGGGGGGGGGUAGGUUUACCUAGUCGCGUCUUUUACCUGAGUUUAGUUCCUCCUUUGUAAGUUUUAGAAGAGGAAAAACGAAACGCAGUUUAAUUUUAAAGGCAGUGGACACUAUUGGUAAUUACUCAAAAUAAUUAUUAGCAUAAAACCUUACUUGGUAACGAGUAGUAAUUGGGAGAAGUUGAUAGAAUACAACAGUGUGAGAAGCGGCUGAAGUAAUUUUCAACGAAUUUGAUUUCGAGACCUCAGAUUAAGAAUGUUGAGGUCUCGAAAUCAAGCAUCUGAAA